AUGAUUAAACAAGAAUUUAGAGAAAAUUUGUGGCUUUGCAAAAUUGAAAAUUAUAAGAUAGAAAAAUUUGUGCUUGCGGAAAAAUUGAGAUUCAUUCUAAAGAACAAAAAAAUUUUCACUCACACAAAUUUAAGCAGCCUUUUUAAAGAUUAUGUUGACGUUUUAAUAGUAAACGCUUUAGGCGUUGCACAUUAA